AUGGAUAUACUUCUCCUUGCAAAGAGGCUACGUGAUAGAUUUAUGAUCCAGAUAAAUAAAACCGAAAAUAUUGAACGGCAAAACUCUGAACAAAUGAGGGAAAGAAUCCAAGAACUGAAAUGCGAUUUGAUCGAAAACAAAGAGAUAGCGCAAAGGAUGAUAGAAGGUAUCAACGAAUCAGUGGAACUAAAUCCCGAGAAAAGGAGGAAGUUAGAAGAACAAAUAAGAAUCCUUGAGGAAAAUGGAGCUUAUCAUCAAACGCAAAUUGCGCAGUUGGAGGGAGAAAUUUUUAGACAGGAUGAGCGGAUUGAAAAAUUAACAGAAAAUGUACGUGGAUUCCAAAUCCAACUAGCAGCAACGGAUAACAACCUCGUGGAAACACGAAACGAACUUGCAGACACAAAAAAUAUUCUUACGGUAGCGCGAAACGACCUUGUGGGUACACAGGACGAACUAAGAGAAACGAAAACCUAUCUUGAAGCAAUACGAAACGAACUUACAGAAACAAACAAUGUGCUAACGAAAACUCAAAGUGAUAACGAAUUGACGAAAAACGAAUUAAAAAAGAUGGAAAGUGUCCUUCGAACAGGCCAGAUUGCUUUCGACUUCGAGAAGGACCUUGCUACAUACAUCUACCCACAUGAUAAGAAAUUCGGAUCCUGCAAAAUAUUCACAAACAUGAAGAAAUGGCUGGAAGAGAAAAAGAAUACCCCACAAGGAAGUGAAGCAAAUGAAAAGUGGAAGGCAUUACAGGUCGAAUUUUCGUGGUCAAAUGAACAUGAAAGAGUAUUUUUUAAACUGCUCGAGUCCAGGAAGGAGUUUGCGCACCCUGUACUUGAUCGAAAUUCCGUUCAAUCGCAGAUUCCUGACGGCUAUACAGACGAAGAAAAGAAAUGCAUCACAGAUAUUGUUGGCAUGGUUGAGCGAGUGAGCAUAUUGAUGCAGCAGUAA